AAGACCAUGGGUAACCUGUUUAUGCUGUGGGUGGCUGUGGGCAUGUGCUGUGCCAACUUCAGUGCCUCUGCCUGGUCAGUGAACAAUUUCCUGAUCACAGGUCCCAAGGCCUAUCUAACCUACACUACCAGCGUGGCUUUGGGUGCCCAGAGUGGCAUUGAGGAGUGUAAGUUCCAGUUUGCUUGGGAGCGAUGGAACUGCCCUGAAAAUGCUCUCCAGCUCUCCACUCACAACAGGCUGAGAGGUGCUACUAGGGAGACUUCUUUCAUUCAUGCUAUCAGCUCUGCUGGAGUUAUGUACACCAUCACCAAGAACUGUAGCAUGGGUGACUUUGAAAACUGUGGCUGUGAUGAGUCAAAAAAUGGAAAAACAGGAGGCCAUGGCUGGAUCUGGGGAGGCUGCAGCGACAAUGUGGAAUUUGGGGAAAGGAUCUCCAAACUCUUUGUGGACAGUUUGGAGAAGGGAAAGGAUGCCAGAGCCCUGAUGAAUCUACACAACAACAGGGCCGGCAGGCUGGCAGUGAGAGCCACCAUGAAAAGGAUUUGCAAAUGUCACGGCAUCUCAGGGAGCUGCAGCAUCCAGACCUGUUGGCUGCAGCUAGCAGACUUCCGGGAGAUGGGAAACUACCUAAAGACCAAGUAUGAGCAGGCACUGAAAAUUGAGAUGGAUAAGCGACAGCUAAGGGCUGGGAACAGCGCUGAGAGUGGCUGGGCUCCCGCUGAAGCCUUCCUUCCUAGCGCAGAGGAGGAGCUGAUCUUUUUAGAGGAAUCUCCAGACUACUGUACCCGCAAUACCAGCCUGGGUAUCUAUGGCACAGAGGGUCGCGAGUGCCUACAGAACAGCCGUAAUACAUCUAGAUGGGAGCAAUGCAGCUGUGGGCGCCUGUGCACUGAGUGUGGGCUGCAGGUGGAAGAGAGGCGAACUGAGGCCGUGAGGAGCUGUAAUUGCAAAUUUCAGUGGUGCUGCACAGUCAAGUGUGACCAGUGCAGGCAAAUUGUGAACAAGUAUUACUGUGCACGUUUCCCAGGAAGCACCCGCUCCCCCAGCAAGGGCAGUGCCUGA